AUGUCGACGGUGAACCACGAUGACACAUGGAUAUAUUUUCUAAACUAUGGAAAUGAUAGAACUAGCAAUAGAAACUCACAUACAGACAAAGUGUUAAAGAAAAGAAAAAAUGUUUUUAAUAUCACAAAAUGGCGGCCUAAAACAAGAUGGCGGGUGACUGGAAGGAUGUUAAUAACGUUUAUGAUUUUGAACGUAAUUGGGGUGACUCAUGGAGAAAGUCUAACGAGUCGCGUGCUGGCUUCCUUCCUCGGCUACCCCAGCUCGUGCAACAUCGGCACAGAAGUGAGACCUUGCACAUUGUCUCUCACUUGCUGGCUUCGAGGCGGAAUCAGGGUGAAGGGAUGUGGUAGCGGCUGGCUGUUCUCCUGCUGUGUGGCAGCUGAGCCUUUGAGGAAUGACUUUGAUAAUACGAUACCUUCUGCAGACUGGAGGUACGAAUAUAAGGUUGUCCCGCCAAAGUUGCGUCAGGUUCCACAACGAAACGUGGUACCCACCAACGUCUUCCGGCGAAGAGUUGACGAUGAUGUCAGUCAGGUCGAUUGCGGUCUUCCAUCGACGAGAAUAUUACAGAAAAGGAUUAUUGGGGGCAGAGAAGCGAGGUUUGCUGAGUUUCCAUGGCAAGCUCAUGUCAGAAUAUCGGAGUUCCAGUGCGGUGGUGUAUUGAUAUCGCGAUGGUUUGUCGCGACAGCUGCGCAUUGCGUCUCGCGUGCUCGGCCUCGUGAUAUCGCUGUGUGGCUUGGAGCCCUGGACACGACCGCUGGCACUCACACUGCUAGAAAGCUUGGGGUUGCUCAGAAGAUUUUGCAUCCUCUAUUCCAAUUUCGAAUGACUCAACCAGAUAGAUACGAUAUUGCACUUCUCAAGCUAUCAAGGCCGAUCACCUAUACGAGCCACAUAUUGCCAAUAUGUUUGCCAGAUGUGGACCUAGAGUUACGUGGGAAGUCAGGAGUGAUAGCCGGAUGGGGGAAAACUGAUGCUAGUAAUGGUCAUACUGGCACGAACUUAUUGAGGUCUGCAACCGUUCCUAUUUUGAGCACUGAACAAUGUAUAAAUUGGCACCAAAGCAAGCAAAUCUUGGUAGAAAUCCACUCUGAGAUGAUAUGCGCUGGGCAUUCCGAUGGUCACCAAGAUGCUUGUCUGGGUGACUCUGGAGGUCCUCUAAUAGUCCUGGACAGCGGGAGGUAUUACUUAGUGGGUAUCACGUCAGCUGGCUUCGGUUGUGGCGUAGACCACCAACCUGGUAUAUACCAUAACGUGAAGAUUACCGCUAGCUGGAUUAAAGAAGUUCUCAGUCCAACUCCUAAUUUUAUAGACUUUUGA